GAUGUGGAAAACUCAAAUGUAUAUUCUCCAUGUCUGUUUCGGGAAGCCUUCCACAAUUGGAAGUACUCACAAUUACAGAAUGUGAGGAAGUAGAGGAAAUCAUGCAAGAGUCGUUAGAAGAAGCUCAGAAUGCUGUAUCUGACUCGAAUUAUUUGCAGUUGCCUUUUCCAAAAUUGAGGAUCAUAACAGUGAAACGCUGCAACAAAUUGAAAUGCCUUCUCAGGUACGUUGACGUUGGAAUGCUUCCGCCACUAGAACGCAUUGAGGUAUCAGAGGCUACACAAAUGGAUGAGCUCUGUUCACAUAAAAGUGAUGAAGCCACUGCCAGUACGCAAGAACUUGGGCUACCACAUCUAUACUCAUUGAAACUUUCAAAACUGCCAGCCCUCACUCACUUCUGCAAAGGAUUCCUGCUAAAUGCUCCAAAACUAAAACUCCAAGAAGUCCAGAUAGAUGAAUGCCCAAAAUUGGACUUCUCCUCCCAGCAAGCCGCUUCCACCCAAACCACAGAUGAUGAGUCAUCUGAUGAAGAGCAAUGAAGGAAAAGAGCAGAUGGAAGAAGCGGAAAAGCAUUAUUAUGCGUAUGCAGAUGCAUGUUAUUAGUUAGAGAUUUGCGUUUGAACUGGAAUAAAACCUUGUGAUUUCAAAUUCAGAAGUAUUAUGAGACCUUUAAAGUGCAUUUCAAAUUCA